CAAUUGUCCGUUCAAUUGUACAAAGCGUCCCACAUGACGCAGUUUUCUAUCUUUGACUACAUGUUACUUCUCUCUUCCUUCUUUUUUCACUCUUUUUCCUUUACAUUAAUUACUCAAUCCGCAUUCAAAACAAAAUGGCCAUCGAAUUCCAUCACUGGCCUUCCAAGACUGCCAACAUUCUUGUCUAUGUGACAUUGCUCUCCGGCAAUUUGUACUCGACCUUUGGAGGCGACCCUGACACAGAUUCACCAUAUGAUUCAAAACACAGGUCCUAUAUUACACCAGCCUCAUUCACUUUUUACAUUUGGACAUUGAUUCAUUUCUUGCUUGGAGGAAUGAUUGUUUACCAAUGGUUCACAGAUAAAGUUCAUCAAGCUGUUGGAUGGCACUUCGUCGCAGCUACUGUCUUUAAUGCUUUCUGGUUAGCACUCUGGUCUUCGGGCCACACCUUUUUGGCUUUGAUUGCACUGUUCUUCGCCACAGCAGCUGUGGCCUUCAUUUACCAUCGUUUAAAGGAACAGGAGUCAGCAGAUACGCUUUUAGAUGUAUUUUUCUUGCAUCUUCCAUUUUCGCUCUACCAUGCCUGGAUCUUUGUUCUUUUGAUUAUCAAUGCCUUCGCAGUCUUCUCACCUGUUCAUGAAGACGGUCCUUCGGUCUUCCAGAUUGUCCUUGCAAUUGUUGGCCUUGUCUUUAUUUCAUCGACUGUCAUCGGAUAUAUUGAAUACAAGCAAGGAGAUGUUGCUGCUGCUUUGGUUUUGGCCUGGUACUUGUUUGGCGUUUUUGCUCAACAGGAUGAAGUGCCUGCCAUUCACUGGACGUCACUUGGUUUAGGCAUUGCUGUUGUUGCUUAUACUUUGAAGCCCCUCGUCUUCCGUUUGAUCGGUCAUAACACUGGCGAGGCUGCUCCUCUAUUGGGGUAAAAAAAAAAAGAAAAAGAAAAUAGAAACCACAAUGUUUUGCGCACCUACUUUGUGCCCAUUCUACAACAUGACUUUUUUGCAUUAAAAAAUAAAUAAAUAAAUAAACAACGAGCAAUAAAAUGGAAUAGAACUUACUUGGAG